AUGGAUAUGCUAUGCGGUGGAGUUGCUACGACUAAAGCUGUUGGAUAUCUCACUUUUCUAAGAUUUGCAUUUGUGGCGACUGGUCGUCAGGCCAUUGUUCGGCUAAAAUAUGGGCGUAAGAUAAAAAACUCUUCAAUUCACAACAGAGACAUGGCUCAACAUAACGCGAACCAAAACGUCGACACGAGAUACACCAAGAUAUACGUGGGAGGUUUGCCUUGGAAAACAAGAAACGAAGGUUUGAGAGACUACUUCCAACAGUUUGGAGAAAUUAUCCAUGUUAAUGUGGUUUGCGAUAGAGAAACAGGACGAUCACAGGGCUAUGGUUUUGUCACGUUUAGAGAUGCUGAAUCUGCAACGAGGGCUUGCCAGAAUCCAAAACCUAUUAUAGAUGGACGAGAGGCCAAGUGCAAUUUUGCUUAUAUUGGUGCUAGGGUUAACAAUAACAAAAAUGACCAACAACUACAAUUACUACCUAUGUACCUAACUGGGACCAGUUUGCACCGCAAUAUUAUGCCUACAAUCCUUAUGGUUAUUGGAUACACCAUGAACCUUACUACUUGUACCAACCGGGCUUUUGAGUUUUGA